AGCUGCAGCAGGAUGUACUGAACCUCUCUACUCUCCCUACACUAGAAUCUGUAAAAGGAGGGUCGGUUACGGUAAUAGGAGGAUAGCAGUGUAGGAUCAGUAUUGUGGGGUUCAGAUAAAAGCCUGCAGCGUCUCUGCAGCUCACACAGAGCUUUCUGUACACACUGAACUGAGCUAACUACAAACUGAACUACUUCUUCAGAUCUGAAACAAUGUGGGGCUUUUGGAUCCUGCUCUUUGCUGCCUCUCUUACAGAGUCCUAUGCAGAUGUGAAUGUGGUUUAUGGCCAGCAACUGAGUAUUAACAUAACUGCUAUGGCGGAGAGACUGGAGUUUAUAUCUGUGGAUAAAUCCAAGGAGUACACCAUCUGGUCCAGCCUUAACGGGCCCAAAAAGGGAAAAGUAAUUCAGUGGUCGGGCGGAAAGCACUUCAUAAUAAACUCUGCCAGUUUUGAUGAUGAGGGAAACUACACAGAGGUGUCAAAUUACCAGACUUUUGUCACCAAAGUGAAGGUUCUCACUUCAACUGAAACCCAGAGAUGUGAGGCUGGUGAAACUCUGACCAUUUCACUGGAUGGUCUUAUGGAAGAAGGGGCCAGUCUGCGUUUCUCCAGAGGUGCUGAGGAAAUCAUGCUAGUACACCAAGGCUUACUUAUGAUGAGUGUCCCUACCUUCAAAGAUCGGAUCAAAGUGACCAGCAGUAGUAUCCAGGUGCUCAGUGUUCAGGGGUCAGAUGCGGGCAAAUAUACACUCUUGGACAGUAAAGGUCGUGUGGUCAAGAUCAGCACACUACAAGUCACAAACACCUGUGUUGUUGACGUGGAUGUGCAGUAUGGUCGUCAGCUGAGUAUUAAACUAUUAACACAGGUGACCUCAAUGGGACUGAAACCUGUGGAUCAAUCCCAGAAUUAUGUUAUCUGGUCUAGCACUGUACGGCCCACUAGAGGAAAAGUGGUGGGAUCAGGAAAAGAUAGGCGCUUCAUUAUUAACCCUGCCAAUUUUGAAGAUCAGGGAGACUACACCCAGAGAAACACAGAGAACAAAGGGAUUUGUGUCUCCAAAGUCAAAGUUGUCCCCUCUACUGACACCAAGAAACGUGAGGUGGGCAAAACUCUCACUAUUCCACUGGACGUCAUUAAGAAGAAUGAAGCCAGUCUGCAGUUCUACAAUGGUGCAGUCACCAUUUUGCUGGUGAAAAAUGGCUCAUCUGUGAGGAAUCUCGGGGACCUCUCUAAACAGAUCAAAGUGACCGACAGCAGCAUCCAGGUCCUUAAUGUUCAGAGGGCAGAUAAGGGAAAUUACAGACUUCUGGACAGUAAAAAUCGUGUGGUCAAGAUCACCACUUUAGAAGUCAUUAACCCCUGUGCUGAUGAAGUGGAUGUGAAGUAUGGUCAACAGCUGCGUAUCAAGAUACUAGUCCAAAUAAAGUCACUGGGCUUUAUGUCAGAGAAUAAACUGCAGAACAAUACUAUCUGGCCCCAGAGUGCCCAGUCCAGCAGAGGAAGCAUGGAGGGUGAUAUGAAGCACUUCACAAUUAACUCAGUCAAUUUUGAAGAUCAGGGAGUCUAUAUGCAGUGGGACAACCAGAGGAAUAUGAUUUGUGCCACCAAUGUAACAGUUUCCACAUUUACUAAAACUGAGAAAUGUGAGGCUGGAAAUUCACUCACCAUAUCUCUGAGUGACAUGAAGAAGAAUGAAGCCAGUCUGCAUUUCUCCAACAAAGAACACCUGGACCUCAUGCUGGUUAGGAGAGGUGUGCCUCAGCGAAAUAGCAGUGACUUCUACGAUCGGAUCUCAGUGACCAGUAGCAGUAUCCAGGUGCUCAAGAUCAGUGAAUCAGAUGUGGGACAGUACACACUCUUUGAUGGGAAUGAUCGCAAGGCCAAGAUCAUCACAUUAGAACUAACUAAACCCGUCAACUGGAUGGCUAUAUGUGGUUUUGGUGUUGUUGUGGUGGUUCUGGGGCUGCUGGCUGGUGGUAUCUACCGAUGCUGCUGUAGGACACAGUCAGAAGCUAACGUUUCCAACAGAAUGAUCUGAGAAGUUGCUUCUCCGAGCUUAUCGCCACUUGCUCACUGCAGUCCUAGGACCCCAGCACCCAGAGGAUGAGGGAGGGAUGUAUGCCCUGUCAGCACAGUAUGGUGAAUGUCUAAAUUAGAGAGAAGAACAUUUUUUGUUUAAUUCAGUCUAGUGUUUUGUGAUACUACACUCCAACACCAACUUUAAGAACUGAACAAUAGUUGAACCUAAAUUCUGAGUAAAUGUUGUGCUCUGCAUCUUGUGUUGGUUUCCAUUGAAGCUCAAUUGUUUACAAAUCUAAUGCUGUUCAUCUCCUAACUGUACUGUAUAUACUUGAUAAAUACUGUCACUAAAUCAUUUUAAAUAUUCCUUUAUCAGGUUUGUAAAUACAUUUUAUUUUUUACAAGUUAUUUUUUACAAUAUGAAGUGCUUUUAAUAAAAAAGGGUUUAAAAACA